GGAGGUGGCUGGGCUGGGGGUGGUUCCACGGAGCUGGGAGGGAGGAGUCGAGCAGACCCGGGCUUGGGGGUGACCAUGGGUGGUUGAGGGGUGCCGAGUUUAGAGGCGGCCCAUGCUGGCGGCCAUGGCCGAGGAUUACUGGGACUCGCAAUAGCAGUAGCCGCCGCCAAGCAGUGACUCCAGCCAUUUCCCCAUCAUGGAUCGGAUGAAGAAGAUCAAGAGGCAGCUGUCCAUGACGCUGCGUGGGAGCCGAACUGUAGAGAAAAACCUCAACGAACCCAUCAAUAUAGAGGAGAACAACAGCAGCGAUAAUGGCCCCACAGUGAAGAGUGUGCGUCCCAGCACCUCCCGCAGCGUUCACGCCUUCCUGCACCACUACGCAGGCUCCUUCCGCAGGCCCCGUCUGGCCGUCAGCCGCAGCCUGAGCUCUCACCUCGGCCGCACCGCCCGAUUAGAAAUUGUUCAUGAAGACCUCAAGAUGGGUUCAGAUGGUGAAAGUGAUCAGGCAUCAGGAACAUCAUCAGAUGAGGUGCAGUCUCCAGUCCGAGUGCGCAUGCGGAACAACCCAACACGCAAGAUCUCCACUGAGGACAUUAACAAGCGCCUGUCACUCCCCGCUGACAUCCGUCUGCCUGAAGGCUACCUGGAGAAACUGACCCUCAACAGUCCUCUCUUUGACAAGCCAUUGAGCAGGCGGUUACGCAGAGUCUCUUUGUCGGAGAUUGGCUUUGGGAAGCUGGAGACAUAUGUGAAGUUGGACAAAUUGGGAGAGGGAACUUAUGCCACUGUCUACAAGGGAAAGAGUAAACUCACUGACAACCUGGUGGCCUUGAAGGAGAUCCGUCUGGAACAUGAAGAGGGCGCCCCUUGCACAGCUAUUCGGGAAGUUUCACUUCUAAAGGAUUUGAAACAUGCCAAUAUAGUGACCCUGCAUGAUAUCAUCCAUACAGAGAAAUCCCUGACUCUUGUCUUCGAGUAUUUAGAUAAAGACCUCAAACAGUAUCUAGAUGAUUGUGGGAACGUAAUAAAUAUGCACAAUGUGAAGUUGUUUCUGUUCCAGCUGCUGCGUGGCCUAGCCUAUUGUCACCGUCAGAAGGUGUUGCACCGAGACUUGAAGCCCCAGAAUUUGCUUAUUAAUGAGAGGGGGGAGCUCAAACUAGCAGAUUUUGGACUAGCCCGGGCAAAAUCCAUCCCCACCAAGACCUACUCCAAUGAGGUGGUAACACUUUGGUACCGACCACCUGAUAUCCUGCUGGGCUCGACGGAAUACUCCACCCAGAUUGACAUGUGGGGUGUGGGCUGCAUUUUCUAUGAGAUGUCCACAGGACGGCCACUCUUCCCAGGCUCCACAGUUGAGGAGCAGCUGCAUUUCAUUUUUCGGAUAUUGGGGACACCCAAUGAAGAGACGUGGCCUGGAAUCCUGUCCAAUGAAGAAUUCCGAGCCUAUAAUUACCCCAAAUACCGUUCUGAGGCCCUGAUCAACCAUGCCCCAAGGCUGGACAAUGAUGGGGUUGACCUUUUAGGAAAGCUGCUGCAGUUUGAGGGCAGGAAGCGGAUCUCUGCAGAUGAGGCCAUGCGUCACCAGUUCUUCCACAGUCUGGGAGAGCGGGUCCUCAAACUUCCGGACACAACAUCAAUAUUUGCACUAAAGGAGAUUCAGUUACAGAAAGAGACUGGGCUGAGAUCAGCUUCCCUGCCCGAAUCAGUGAAUGGUCAGAACGGACGACCAAGCCUGCUGCUUUGAAGCCUACAGAACUGGGUUGGCAAGGGUAGAAAGAAGCCAGGUUCCCCCUAUCCCCACCCCAUGGACAAUCUCCACUGGUGGCUUCUUUGUAUUGAACUGUGGCAUGAGAACUUGUGCUGGGAGUUUGCUGGGGCAAGGGCGGGGGGCCCUGGAACGGAGGAGAAACAUGACUGCCCUGGCACCAACAAGCUAGCCACCAAUUCUCUGUGCCGCUGGGACGGACUCUCCCUCCCUCCCCCUCACACACAUGGUGUUUCAUUUUAUUUUUUAAGUUUUAUUUUUUCAAUGCAAUAUUAUAAAUAUUAUAUUUACAAAUAUCUAUACAGAGAGAGAGAGAGAGACACCCCCCUACCCUAGCCUCUCCAGUAAUGGGGAGUGUACAGUAUUAACUAUGAGGGAGCCAAUCCCCUCCCCAUCUCAUCCCGAUAGUGGGCAAGGUGGAGGGAGGAGAAUCACAGGGGCCAGAGCAGUUCCAUCCUCUGCACUCCAUAAUCUAGGAAUUGAUGGGGUUGGGGAGGUUGUCAGUAUUUAGGAUGAUGGGUGGACUCCCCCUUCCCAGCUAUAAUUACUUUCUUUGGACUUGGUGGAGCAUGGUUUUCUUGGCCUAGCUCUGUAUAUUGAAGUCCGGAGGAGGAGCAGGCAACCAGGUGUCCUCUGAGAAUUCUCCAAUCUUGGGAAGAUGGUCCUUCUUUUCCUGUCUUCCUUCCUCUUGGGACUUCCUGGCUGCAAGGGUCCCCUCUUUCUGAACCCUUUUUGCUCAGUUUUGGAGCUGCUUCCAUCUCCUUCUCACACCAAAGUGGAGUCUCCCUUUUUUAUCCCUUGGAUCUUGACUGGUGCCUCACCUGGGCUUGCGCUUGGUCAGUGCUCUCAAUCCUAGCUUACUCCGGUUCAUCUGUUACGGCUCUUGUAUUACUUGCUUGGUACUCAGGGUUUGCAUUUCUCCCUUUGCCUUUCCAGACACAGUCCACUGACUUCUGGUCCAGAGACAGCCCACACAAGCAUCAGCUAUUCUAGAAGGCCUUGUGCAGGAAAUUCCCAGUGGAUUGUGCCUUGUUCUCUUACCACUGUUCUUUGUUUUUUAUGUAUACUACAGUCCCUAGGUGAUCAUGACUUGUAGCUUGUCUUAGAUUUCUUAUAUCCAAAUGACUAUGUUAUGAAUGGGCCCAUCUAGAUCUUUCUCUGUUGUGGCAUUUAUUUUGGCAUAAAAAACUUGGCGCCUUCCAAAAAUUUGGGGCAACAACUUUCCUCAGCUUCAGUCAGCAGGACCAGCAAUUUGGGAAUAUGGGAGGGGUCAUCCAAAACUUCUGUAGGGCUAAAAGUUGCCAGUCUUUGGUUUUCAUGCAAAUAAUUUGCCUUGUCCCAGUGCUGCUUAGACUUUCACAUUAGUUCCUGUGAUCUUCACACACCAUGACCGUCAUUGUAACAAUUUACAGUAGUGGCUUCUUAGUCCUUAGUUAUGCAGAUUACUGGCUCCCUUAAUCCCCAUUCUGUCUUGAAUCCAAAGUAAACCAACAGGUGUUCUGCAAUUAACCACCCAACCUCCAAUUAUCUCUUUUACUAUUGAGAAACAGAGAGAUACUUAAGAAGCAGUGGGCCCUUUCCGCAGCUCUUUAUUCCCUGGUUUCAAAGGCUGAUCAACUCCUGUCUAUGCCUCUUCUAGAGGAGCUAACCCCCUUUGCUUUAACCAGCAUCCCUCCAAAACUAUCUACUUUUUGGAUUGACUUUUUGGUCUUUGCUCAGAAGACUCUGAUGCCCUUUGCUUCUGCUCUAUGCUUUGCAGUCUUCAGCUCCUUAGAGAUUAAUCACUUUGUAUGUCAGAGCCUUCAAUAUUUAGACAGAAAAGUCUCCAUGGGCCCUGCCUGUGCAUUCUCAGAGAUUCGGGCUCCCUCUGCUUCCAAUUCUCCUACCAGGAGGAGAGCUGAUUUACAGGAAGAGGGAAAUGCCCAACAGCAUCACAGCUCCCAGGCCAGGACUGUUCCUUUCAGCUCAGGGCACAGAAGCUUCGGUGCACAGAAGCGAAGGGCGGGGAUCCAUCUCCUAGCGUAUGUGCUCCGGGGGGGUGUAGACAAGGUGGUACCAAUUUUCCCUCUUUGAUCAGAGCCUAUAUAUAUAUAUGUAUGCGUGUGUGCGUAUCUCUGUGUAUAUAUAUGUACAUAUGUAACCAUUUUUAUAUGCAGCAUGAAGCGCUUAUAAGGUUCCAAGAUCUUCCCUUGACGAGAGCCAUAAGAUGAACUGUUCUUGUUACUGUUACAACGCUCAGGCAACUUAAAGGGUUUCUGAAAAUGCCUACAGAGGACGUGCAGAGAUGUAGCCUACCUUGUGCACUGGGAUGCAAGGAGUUUGCGGUGCUGGUGACCUCUUGCCUUGGCAUUCAGAUGCCGCUGCCCAUGCCAUGGGAAAAUUUGGGGAAAAGCCUAGCCGACACGACUUUGGCCAGCAUUAGCCUCUGUGCAUAGGUUGAAAGUGACCAGUGCUCAGCUCAGGGGAUGAGAGGGUUGUGUUUACACAACAGGAAGGACCAGCCUCUUUCCUUCGAUUCAGUCAACAUCCACAGGUCCUUUUUUAGCCACUGACCUGCUUGCGUGAUCCUCCCCUCAGUUCCUGCCUCCUGGGCUUUUGACUCCCAGUUCCUUUCUUUUGUCUCCUCUUUCGACUGCACCUUAGAAACAGAAACCUCUAGUAGAGGAAUCAUUUCCUUGUCCCAUCUAUCCAGAGUUCUCACCUUCCUGCCUGGAACAUGUUCCUGAAGCGCUCUGGACCUAAUGGUUCAAAAAGUUCCCCUGCCUCAAAACUGACCUGUCAACGGUAGGUCUGAAAUGAGGUUACACUUCCAUCCAAUGGGAACUCGCCAGUCAGAAUCUGAAUGUUUUGUUGCUUCCAUCCUUGCAGACAUAAUUCUUCAAUAUGAUACAGCAGUAGACUUGGUUUGCUGCCAGAAUCCUGAUUAUAGUUGUAGAUGUACCGUGAGGCUAUAGCUGAGUUUGCUUAAUUUAAAAUCCUGCUCUUAGCAUAUAGGGAGUCAUCAGAAAAAACUGGAGAGAUCAGGAGAUGGUUUAACCAUGGUUUAUUCAAUGCAGUGUUAAAUCAUAGGUAACACAAACUCUGGGUUCAGAACCCCACUUGAAACCAUGGUUUUAAGGGCUGAUUUGCUGCAUUCUUUAUCCAUUGUUAAUCCGAGCAGACCUCUUAACCCUAGUGAAGAACCACAAGCCAUGGCUGAUUAAGUAUUGAGUCUGUGUGGGGCUGGCAGGAACUCAUAUUAUGCUGUGGUUGAGUAGAUUAGUGGAGAGAUAUGGCCAAGAUACACAGAGAUACCUUUGUGGAGGUGGUCCAGAAUCUAAUCUGAUUUUGUUACGGAAUUCCCGUUUUCUCUCUUUGCUGAAAGAAGAAAUGGGUCUCUAGAGUACAGAAAAAUGUAGCCAAGGUGUAAAACAUGAGAUUCUCCAAACACAAAUGGGCUUUACUGAGUUUUCAGGACUUCUGUUCAGGAAUUUGGGGAAGUGUGGUUUCAGAAUAAUGCUGAGAAUUUGGGAACAGCUUAGGGCCUAAACUGAGGAUUCAGAAUUCUCAGAGGUGACAGCAGGAAUGAAUGCCAUGAUGGCUAAACCAGUUUGCUUAUAGCAUGGAUGUAUUCUUAAUCCAAACCUAUUCAUGAGAGCUUUCAUGUGAGAAGAAAACCGAAGAUGGCCUGUUGGAUAAUGAAUGUACAGUGGAUUUGGAUGUUGCUUUUGAGGAGGGUGGGGAAGGGCAGAACCCCAGAAUUUGUUUCUGGACUGGAGGACUUGCAGGAAACAGAAACCCAGGAAUUGGAUAAUCAUUAGCAUAUGGAAUGGCUAUCUCCAUGUGCCUCCCCCACCUCACUCCUGCUUCCCUCCACAUCAAUGGAGUAGGUAUGGAGUUUCAGUUCUCAUAGUAUGGAAGAAGAAACUGUUCUUGUACAUAACUUGAAUUGGGGGAGCAACUUUCUGUUUCAAAGAUCAAAACUUACCAUUGUAGAAGAAAAGUCCCUAAGGAACAAAAUGAACAAUUUUUUCUCCCCCAGAUGCUCCUUCCACCUCCUUUGGGGUUAAUUAAUGCACCAUAUCCAAAUGUAUGGAACUGAUUAAAAGUCUCCAACAAUC